GGGCGGUGCGAGCCGGGUUGCGGGCGUGCAGAGGAGGCGGCGGCGGCUCCUGGAACAUGAAUCAGCGACGGCGGCGACGGCUGCGGAGCCGGCGCGGUGGCCCAGGCACGGCCCCGAGGACCCCGAGCUGCUGACUGCUGCCUGGCCCGGGGCGUGUUCGGGUCCCCGCCCCGCCCCUACCUCCUCUCCCUCCCCACCGUGUCCCCGGCCCGGCAUGGUGCGGCGUCGCGGCCCACGGCGCUGAGGCGGAGCAUGGGGCGGCCGGGGCUCCUGCCGCUGACCCCGCUGCAGCCGCCGCCGCCGCCGCCGCCGCCGCCGCUGCUGCUGGCUCUGGCCGCGCUGCUGCUCGUGGGGCCAGCGGUCGCAGACUUAAAGCUUCUGGGAGUCCCAGUGAAGCUGACGGUGUCUCAGGGGCAACCUGUGAGCCUCAACUGCAGCGUGGAGGGGACGAGGGAGCCCGACAUCCAGUGGAUAAAGGACGGGGCUGUGGUCCAGAGUGUGGACCAGAUGUACAUCCCAGUCAGCGAGAAGCACUGGAUCGCUUUCCUCAGCUUGAAGUCAGCAGAACGUUCAGAUGCAGGCCAGUAUUGGUGCCAGGUGGAGGGUGAGGAGACUACCACCUCCCAGCCAGUGUGGCUCACCGUGGAAGGCGUGCCAUUUUUCACAGUGGAGCCAAAAGAUCUGGCAGUGCCUCCCAAUGCCCCUUUCCAGCUGUCCUGUGCAGCCGUGGGGCCCCCUGAGCCAGUCACCAUUGUCUGGUGGAAAGGAGGCAGGCAAAUUGGGGAAGCAGCUCCCUCGCCUUCUGUAUUAAAUAUGACAGGGGUGACACAGAGCACCGUGUUCUCCUGUGAGGCUCACAACAGAAAAGGCCUGGCCUCUUCCCGCCUGGCCACUGUUCGUCUUCAAGCCCCGCCUGCUGCUCCCUUCAACAUCACAGUGACGAAGCUCUCCAGCAGCAAUGCCAGUGUAGCGUGGGUGCCAGGUGCUGACGGGCUGGCCUUGCUCCAGUCAUGCACAGUGCAGGUGGCACAGGCCCCAGGUGGCUGGGAGGUCCUGGCUGUUGUCGUCCCCGUGCCACCCUUCACAUGUCUGCUUCGGGACCUAGCACCUGCCACCAACUACAGCCUCAGGGUACGCUGUGCCAAUGCCUUGGGGCCUUCUCCAUAUGCUGAUUGGGUGCCCUUCCGGACAAAGGGUCUAGCUCCAGCCACUGCUCCCCAGAACCUUCAUGCCAUCCGCACAGACUCAGGGCUCAUCCUGGAAUGGGAAGAAGUAAUCCCUGAGGGCCCUUCAGAAGUCCCCUUGGGGCCCUAUCGACUGUCUUGGAUUCAAGAAAAUGAAACUCAGAGUGAACUGACAGUGGAAGGGACCCGGAUCAAUCUCACAGGCUGGGACCCCGAGAAGGACCUGACUGUGCGUGUGUGCAUCUCCAAUGCCAUUGGCUGUGGACCCUGGAGUCAGCCACUGGUAGUCUCCUCUCAUGACCAUGCAGGACAGCAAGGCCCUCCCCACAGCCGUGCUUCCUGGGUACCUGUAGUCCUGGGUGUGCUGACCGCUCUGGUUACAGCUGCUGCCCUGGCCCUUAUUCUGCUACGAAAGAGGAGGAAGGAAACUCGGUUUGGGCAAGCUUUUGACAGUGUCAUGGCACGAGGGGAGCCAGCUGUCCAUUUCCGGGCAGCCCGGUCCUUCAACCGGGACCGUCCAGAGCGCAUCGAGGCCACAUUGGACAGCCUGGGCAUCAGCGAUGAGCUCAAGGACAAGCUAGAGGACGUGCUCAUCCCUGAGCAGCAGUUCACACUGGGCCGGAUGCUGGGCAAAGGAGAAUUUGGCUCCGUGCGAGAGGCUCAGCUGAAGCAGGAGGAUGGCUCCUUUGUGAAGGUGGCUGUGAAGAUGCUAAAAGCUGACAUCAUCGCCUCCAGUGACAUUGAAGAAUUCCUCCGGGAAGCAGCUUGCAUGAAGGAGUUUGACCACCCACAUGUGGCCAAACUUGUUGGGGUGAGCCUGCGGAGCAGGGCCAAAGGCCGCCUCCCCAUCCCUAUGGUCAUCCUGCCCUUCAUGAAGCACGGGGACCUGCACGCCUUCCUGCUUGCCUCCCGCAUCGGGGAGAACCCAUUUAACCUGCCCCUACAGACCCUGAUUCGCUUCACGGUGGACAUCGCCUGUGGCAUGGAGUACCUGAGCUCCCGAAACUUUAUCCACCGAGACCUAGCUGCUCGCAACUGCAUGUUGGCAGAAGACAUGACGGUGUGCGUGGCUGACUUUGGGCUCUCAAGGAAGAUCUACAGUGGUGACUACUACCGCCAGGGCUGUGCCUCCAAGCUGCCAGUCAAGUGGCUGGCCCUGGAGAGCCUGGCUGACAACCUGUACACGGUGCACAGUGACGUGUGGGCCUUCGGGGUGACCAUGUGGGAGAUAAUGACACGUGGACAGACGCCUUAUGCAGGCAUCGAGAACGCGGAGAUUUACAACUACCUCAUCGGCGGGAACCGCCUCAAACAGCCUCCAGAGUGCAUGGAGGAUGUGUACGAACUCAUGUACCAAUGCUGGAAUGCUGACCCCAAGCAACGCCCGAGCUUCACUUGCCUGCGAAUGGAGCUGGAAACCAUCUUAGGCCACCUAUCUGUGCUUUCCACCAGCCAGGACCCCCUGUACAUUAACCUGGAGAGGGCUGAGGAGCUUGCUGAAGGGAGCAACCUGGAAUCACCUGGUGGGGACCAGGCCAUUGGCGAGGCUGGGGAAGAGAGUGGCCUGGGGGCAGUGGGGGACCCCCCCAGUGACUAUCGAUACCUUCUUAGCCCUGGGGGGCUACCUGAACAGCUCAGGCAGGGAGAACAGCAGCCAGAAAGCCCCCUGAAUGAUACCCAGAGGCUGCUGCUACUGCAGCAAGGACUGCUGCCCCACAGUAGCUGUUAGCCCACGGGGCAGAGGGACAUCCAGGGCCACUCAGUUGGCUGCCUGUACUUUCUUGCCCCCUAGUCCAGACAGCAAGGUGUGGAGGCUCCUGUGGUAGUCCCCCCCCAAGCUGUGCUGGAAGCCUGGACUCACCAAAUUGCCCAAUCCCAGUUCUUCCUGCAGCCACUCUAUGGCCAGUCUGGCACUAGUUCAGGGCUGGCUGGUGGAGAUGGGCCAGCCCUGGUUGUCUUAGCUCAGGCAGCUGGCAGGAAGGAGGUGGUUAUGUUUCCAUGGUUACCAUGGGGGUGGGGAGGAAUAGGAGGAGGUAGAUCCAGCCCUAUGGGCUCCCUGCUUCCUGGGCUGAGCUCCCCCUGUUGCUUUAGUGCAUCCACUGAGGAAGCUAGUGGCUCGGCUGUGCCCAUGCUUGGGUUUGCAAUGCCCAGACCUGUCCUCACUAAGAGAUGUCCUUGUUUUUUUUUCUCCUUUUAGUAAGAGCUGAUACAGGGUUAGGACAGUCAGGUCCUGAGCCUAUGACAGGCAAUGGGACACUCUCAGGUCUGAAUUAUCAUAUUCCUGGUUAACCACCUGCAUAGACCUAGAGUGGAGUGCAGCUGUCCAAGUCACCGGAGGCGUGCCAGCGGCCCUGGCCUGCCUUUGCAUGUCUGCUAAAGUCAGCGCUCAGGCCCUGCCAAGAAGGAAUGCUAUAGGACCUGCCUGGGGAGAAGUAAGGCCAUAGGAGUCCAGGAGCUUCUUCAUGCCCUCCCACAGUCUGUCUGAGCAUGCACCCAAUGCCUCAAAUCUCUAAGACUAAUAAAGGCAGCUGUGUCAGAGCCUAGUCCUUCCAGGCCAUAGUUCUUAGCCCCCCUUAUACACACACACACACACACACACACACACACACACAUACACACACACACCCUUCCCCUCUGACUGCAGACCCUCUUCUGCCCUGUGUUUCUGUAGAGAAUUGGGGCCUGGUGGCUGGUCUGGGUGCAUGGGGUGGGCCCUUCCUGUUAAGGGACAUUUACAACUCCUUAGAUGCUGUUUAAAAACAGAAAUAAAACUGAAGACUAAGA